CGUUGACAUUAUUUAGCAACCUCGUCUGACCUACUAAGAACUCUAUCACCAACUUACGCGCCGAUGGGGAACCGCAGCCAAAAUACGAAACAUCCCACAAACACAUUUCGAUUAUUUGAAAAUAGAUCCAGGCGUCAUUUCCCUGUUUUACUCAACAACCGGUUCAUUUAUUUUAGCUGUAACCUAUAAACUCAUAUGUCAAUAAAACACAUUUAAAUGUCAUGUGAUGCAGCACUAUCUUCAAGUGUUUGUUUUGCCUAUCGACAGACGAGACAAAGUGCGCGUUUGCUACGGUCUUUGUGAGGCAGCGGAAACCACGUGGGUGCAGCGAGUCGUGUUUCUCGUUGCUAUGGAUACGAAGGCUGCUGCUACGCUAAGGCUAAGGCUAGCAUCAUCGCUGUCCGGCUUGUCGAGACAGUUCUUAUCAUUUGUUCCUUCCAGCCUUCUCAAGCGGAGGGCCGGUUCUGUCUGACAUGGAUUCGUAUCACAUCACACAGCUGGCUGGAGAGGGGUCGUUUGGUCGAGUUUAUAAAGGGAGGAAAAAGUUCAGCGGUCAGGUGGUGGCCCUGAAGUUCAUCCCGAAACUGGGUCGAUCGGCUCAAGAGAUCCAGAGCCUGAAGAGAGAAAUCGACAUCAUGAGGGACCUUCAUCAUCCGAACAUCGUCCAACUCUUCGACAGCUUUGAGACAGAGUCUGAGGUGGUUGUUGUGACAGAAUACGCAGAAGGCCAGCUGGUCCAAAUCCUGGAGAACGACGGCUGUCUGCCCGAGAGCAGGGUCCGUGAGAUUGCCAGCCAGCUUGUUUCAGCCCUGUAUUACUUACACUCCCAUCGAAUCCUCCACAGAGACAUGAAACCUCAAAACAUCCUGCUGAGCAAAAACGGCGUGGUUAAACUCUGCGACUUUGGGUUUGCCCGCUCCAUGAGUGUCUCCACUUGGGUUCUGACCUCCAUCAAGGGAACUCCUCUUUACAUGGCUCCUGAACUGGUGGAGGAGAAACCCUACGAUCACACGGCUGACCUCUGGGCGCUGGGGUGCAUCCUGUAUGAGCUCCACACGGGGGCGCCACCUUUCCAAACCAAGUCUUUCGUUCACCUGGUUCAGCUGAUCGUGAAAGGCUCGGUUAAAUGGGUCGAUAACAUGAGCGACAACUGCAAGAGCUUCCUUCAAGGACUGUUAACCAAAGACCCAGAGAAGCGUUUGUCGUGGCCGACUCUGCUCCAUCACUCGUUUGUUGCCGAUGACAUAGUCGUUGUAAAGACGGAGCAGAGCGUGUCCAAUCCUCUGACCGUCACUCCGACGGCACACAUGAUGGAGCUGAAACAGAAGCAAAUGACGGCGUUGACGGUUCCGAAGACUGGAGAGGGAAAGUUGCUUCGCAAGACCAGAGAAAUGAGAGCGAUGUGUCGCGCCAGAGAACCGGACCGAAGCGUCGCCGAUAAACCAAGGAAACAGGAAAACGUCGAGAGCAUCAAGCCAGCCAUGUCGACAGCCUCCUCAACAGACAGUGACUUCUGUGACACCUCAAUCAUCUCAGUCAUGACAGCUGACAGCCUCAACGCGCAGAGUCGACAAUGUCAGACACCAAAGAACAGGGGACAGAUCAGCGUUGACUACGAGCGAGAGUUUGUGACGCAUCAAGUCUGUGUAGCCAGGGAGCAGCGCGCCACAUCUUCCCUGCUGCAGGAUGUGGACAGUGAGGAGGAGCUGGAGAGCGUAGCUUCAGAACCGGAGUCACGCAGCCGACAGGAACAAUCGCCGGGCAGUCACAUGAUCCAUAAGCUGAAAUCUGACGUGGCACUUUUCAGAAGUCAGCUGUCAGCAGGUGAUUUAGAAGCGGCCGUCCACUUUGACCAAACCCUGAAGGUCCUGCAGGAGCUGAUGGAAAGGUCUGAGGGUGAAACAUGGAGGCACAUCUGCAGCGACUUCCACCUCCCUGACCUUUUCUUCGAGCUCGCCCAUGACUGUGUGGAGAGUCCGCGCUUCACCAAGCAACCCUGGAGUACCAGAGUACUCGGGGAACUGAUCGUUGGAAUACAUGUUUACUGGGACAAGGAGCGCUUCUCGGUGGAAGACGUGCAAAGGCGGGAAAAGUUCACCGGGCCUUUCUGCAAGAUUCUUCAUCAAAGCGACUUCAGCUCUCUGGCACCUCAUGCUGCAUCCGUCCUGUCUCUGUUCUCCCAUCACAGCAGCCACGUCAAGGUGGCAUCUCUCAUCUCUUCCAUUAGGAGCUGCGGCGUGGACUCGUGUAAGUUCCUUUGUCAACCCUCGUCUCAGCUGCCGGCUGGCUGGGCUCUCUGCGACGGCCUCCUGUCUCUGCUGGCUCAGACCCUCUCCAAGGAUGACAACUGGCUUCCCGGCUCAGACCCGCUCUUGUUUGUGGAUUUGUGGGAAACAAUCAGCACUUUUUUGGAAACUGCAGACGCAGACUUGAUCUCAGGAAACGGUCUGCACUCCUUCCUGUCUGCUUCACUGCGGGUCCUCUCCAAGGAUCCAGACGUGUGUAUCGCCUUGUUCUCCGAGAGAGGAUCCAAAUGUGUCCACACUCUGGGCCAGCUGUUGGACACCGACUGCCUGCAUCGCGUGGUCCGGUUUGGUUCUGGCCGACUGAACGAGGACUUGACUCCGAGCAGCUACCUCGAGCUGACGUGCACGCUGCUGAUGCUCCCCUUCGCUCUGGAGGUGCCCUCGGCCAGCAUGUCCAGGAUCCUGGAGUCGUACUGCAGCAGCGGCGUCAUGACCGGGCUGCUGCAGGUGAUUUCGGCUCUCCCUCCCCCGCUGCUGUGGCUCCCACUCUCUCUAAUGAGCCGUCUCCUCAUGUGUGACCCGGAGCACUCCAUUUCCUGUCUCGCUGCGGAUACUUGUGCCUUUCUCUCGGCUCCACGCGAAGGCUCCAGAACCGCCUGUUCUCUGCUCUCUGAUUGCCUUCUAAAGAGGGACCUGUGGGAGUCGGCAGCAGAGCUGCUCACCCUCCUCUACCUCGUAUCGCUCUUCUCCCCUCAGCCCACGCGACUUCACCUGGAAACCAACGACCUGCUCUUGUCUCUGACACAUCAGUGUGACCAGAUCAGACUGGCUGCCUGCCGACUUCUGGGCCAGCUCGCUGUGAUCCCUGUCCCUGUACUGCCCACGCUAGACGUGUUUAAAAGUUUGAUAGACCGCCUCCAUGAUCCUCACAUACCAGUCCGGCGGUCAGCAGGUCUGGCUGUAGGCAACUGGCUGGUUUAUAUCGGCAAGAGAACUGAAGAGCCUCAGCAAGAGAAGGGAGAGGCCUUCUCUUGUGGGGAACCAGACGAGUGGAGGAUGUGGAUCGAAGAAGCGAGGCGGAUGCCGGCCAUGCUGGCGAAGCAAAUCACUGACCCGGACCCAGACACUCGGCGAUACGCUUGGGCGACUCUGACUCGACUUGUUCGUGAUGACUUCACUGCGACUAUACUUGUGAAAGAAAAUCUGCUCCCCGCACUUGUCGGGGUUUGACGUGACAGACACUAAGUCGCGUUUGGAUCGGUGACUUCAGGGAGAUGGUUGCCGCGUUUAUGUUUAGUUCGUCAUGAACAGAUUUCAGUGGAAACUAGUGUUCUGGAUCCUGCAGGCUCUGCACGACCUUGACCCACUUUCCUGUCUUCUUUCUACGCAGUUGUCCGAGUGAGUUCCAGCAGUCCGAUAGGGCUCAUUGGACUUUGACUAGGGAUGCUCCUAUAGAUCGGUUACCGAUGAUGAUGAUCGGCCUAUUUCAGCGUGAUCGGUGAAUGCCAAUCGCAACCUUUCAUUCUGUCAUGUAAAGUGUGCAGCACAUGCACGGGAAAAUGCUGUGCAGGGAAGCGGCUUCCAAUUAAACAUGCUAUUUAAAGCGCACUUGACAAAGCGCAAAGAGUUUUCCAGGCUCAUGAAAGUGAGACUGCUGGUUCCUGAGUAGCAGGCUGUUAGCGCAGCUGACGCUCAGCAACACCCGCUGGUCCCAGCGUGGCAUCCGGAAUGAUAAGAAAUAAUUACUCAAUUCACCGAGCUAGAUGAGCAGCCUUUCUCAGGUGUUGUUUACGUGACUGUGUGGAAGCUUUCAUAAAUGCAGUGCUCUCUGUCUUUGAGUUCCGCUACAGUAUGUAAAUAUUUCACGGAUAUAGCACAGUCUCUAGAGAUUCACCUGUGAUGUCUUACAUCGAAUUGAAUGUUUUGAAGUUGUCCUGUUAACAGAAUAAUGCAUUCAGCAAGGUUUUUCUAUUUUUGCCACCUUGAAGAGGUAUGAAAAACAUGUCUGAAUUAAAGUGAUUUCAUGUUCAUUUUUUCACAUCAUGAACACAGUUCUCAUCAUAUUGAUUAUUAAUACAUUGUCAAUCCAUGUGAUCGGUAUCUGUGAUUGGGAGCAAAAACCCUGAUCGGAGCCUGCCUAAAUGUGACUAUCAGUAAUAUUUCAAAUGCAAAAAAGGUAUCCAUUUAUGAAGAUAAAAUAAAAGUAGGACAUCUGCAGAGGAGGUCACCACACUUGGGAAUGACAUUCUAAUUGAUUCCUUGCAUGACGUGAUGCUUUCAAUGAUAAACAUGGUACUGUAUGAUGUAUUACGGACAUGAAGCUAGAGUUAUACUCAAGACCAAGACCACUGAGGGAGGUGAGACCAAGGCCAAACUGAAUACAGAGCAAACUACUAGUAUGUUCCCAUGAAAGCAUAAAAAAUGUCUCACGCUUCUUUUUUAUUAAGAAAUCUAUGUGUCUAUAUGACUCGUAGCCUUCUGCUCUUGUAUUCAGUCUGGUCUUGGCCUUGAAAUCUUACUCUAGGACAUGGUCCCUGUAUGCUCUGAUCUCAGCCUCGACUGCAGCACAACUGGAAACUAAUUUUUCAAUGAUAAAACUGGCCAUAGAUGAAUCAUGUCUCCCUUGGAACUGCAGGUUUGGCAUCCACCAUAGUGUAUAUAGAUUUGAGGUUUUGUCUGUCUGGUUUUCUUAUUGUCUCUGUGUGAAGUUUAUAUUAUCCAUGACAUUGCUGCCUCAUGGCAACUUUUAAAAACAUUGCUUUUUUUAUCCGGUAAAUGAAAACUAAUCUGCUGCACAUCGCUCAGCGUAAGCAAACCAGUCUGGUCGAAAGGUGUGACAGAGCCAUGCAACUGCUCGAGAGAUGCAGAGAUAAUAUGUGCUGAAAACACAGCCCAAAUGUCCAGAAGGCAACAAUGUAAAGCUCGUACUACUUGAAUGUUCGUUCGUCACGCCAGAAGCAAACGAUGGAAGUGUAACUUGCAAAGAAUUCCCUGUGGGUCAAACCCGAGGAUGAAUGUGAUUAAAAAGCUUUCGAAGGAAUCUGUGCGAGCAGCAGUCUACAGUGGGGAGGACUUGAAAUAGCCCAGUGCCAAUAAACAAGGCUUCUAUGUAUGAAGGCUGGAAACGGCACAGACAACACACAACAUAGCAAACAGCUCAGAAAUGUUUUCUGCUCGGGUAAAACCUUGAAUGCUACGUGUGGUCAGGCUACUUUCUGGUGUCCAGAUUCAGUUGAUGAUUCUAAAGUGUCCUGAAACAAGAUUUUUUACUUGCGAAAAUGUUCCUACGACUGUGCAAAUAGAACGAGCAGUGUCAUUUUGAUUUAUUCACUCUCCGGUUUUAAUUUGCACCUCUGAGCUUUUACACACAAAACCGUCAACUUUUGGCAUUUUUAUUGCCAAUAAAUUACAAUGUCAGAAUUUUUAUUUCAACAGCAACCCGGUGGUGGAGAACGCAGCAAAACAUCAUUAAGAACUUCUUUUCAAAAACACAGAUUUAACUGAACAUGUCCUUUAAAAGCCAAUGGAUGGCACAUGUUCGCUGUUAGAUCAUUUGUUAACAACAGUCAACAUCACCAAGUGUUGCAGUUAUAGAUGCCAGAGUGUUUACAUUCUGUCCCGAUAAGCUAAUGAAUGUAAAAAAAAAAAACAAUUUGCAAACAUCGUAGCUGAAUAUAAGUCCUAUGAUGUUUGCACCAAAUUUAAUCCAAAAAUCUAAAAUAAAAUGUCAUCCUGAAUGGUAUGAAGAUCAAAGAGAGUGUGAAAGCAGUGAAAGAAUCACCCAGAAAGACAUGGUAAAAGUGAUUCCAGCUGUAGCCUGAAAUUACUGAACAAUGCUGUUUGCCUGCAUGUUUGAGUCUCCACGACUGUCCAUCCAGUCGAGCUGCAUCCUCCCCCUGGUUUAUACCGUCAGGUGGGAGGCUCAAGCUAAAGUGGCCGACGGUGUUUUCGGAGCGUCAGUCCGUGUACAUCCAGCAGACCUGCGCAUGUGAGGGAGCUCACCUCUGAAAUUCCACUGCAUUUACACUAUUUUUGGUUUAGGUUUUAGGUGUGGGGAUUCUGGAAUAAAACUGGUACCAUGUCUGAAGGUAAGUUAUUUUCACUUUUCUAAAAAAAAUGUCCCCAUUUAAAGUGGAGAUUCACUUGUUCCAGCAGAUAACAGGGACAAAGUCUUUCUCACCACCAGGGUGCGCACUCCACUGAAGAAUGACGCCAGCUGGAUCCAAAGUCCCAGAACCGUGAAAGAAAAUUCUAGCAAUAUUGGGGCGACCCCGCCUCCCCUGGUCAGAGGGAAUUCCUACGUGAUCACCGUCGCCAAAAGAUUUGAGUGAGUCACCUCAACAUGAGUUAGUCUCUCUCCUCACAUUGCCUUCAGUUCUCUUGGCCUUUAUAACCCACAAUCCUGCCUGUCAAUCACUGCUUUCUUCACUUCCUGUCUCUUUCAAAAUGUAACAGCUGAGCCUCCUGAGCAACAUCUGUUCUGGGGUAGAUUGGUCGGACUCUCCAUGGAGAGGAAGCUCAUAUUCUCAGACAAAUGAGAAUUCUCUUAUUGCCAAAUGAACUGUCGUCUGUCGAUAUACUGCUUCGUAUUUACACUGGUUAUUGGACUUGAUAUCCGUCUGAGUAGGAAAGAAAAAGAUGAUGGCAGCUGCUUUUAACGUCAUUCAAAGGGUGAA